UCUUUCCUCGCUUUCUCUUUCCCAACUCAAAAUAUUCAUGGAAUCACAACGUUGUCAUCACUGUGGUCUUCCCGGUCAUAAGAAAUACGAAUGUAACAGUAAAUGCCGUAGCAAUUGCCGUGUCGGUUGCAGGUGGGGCGAGAAAUUCACUGCCAGACGUCCGCCAAUUGUACACAGAGGUAGUUUGGAAGUACAAGGUCAGCAUAAUGUUGUAAACACACAACGAAACCAUGGUUCUACAGGCAAGUAUAUUCAAUAA